UAGUAUCCUUCGAUUUAAAAUUUUAGGUUAAGCGGUUAAGUUCGUUUUUUUUACUUGACAAUUUGGGGAUCGAAUAAUAUUGAUAUGUCUAAAAUAAGAUCUAGGUGUAAAUAUUAUCGAUAAGUUGUAUUGGACUUUUAUAUUUCAAAAACUUGAAACUUCCACCAUAUUCGUCAAAAUGAAUUUUGUAUUAGUUUUAUUGGUGUCUUCAAAUAUUGUUCAAGUUUUAACUGAGUGGGUAGAUCCACAUGAUAUGAAUACCAAUUCCAAAAAAUAUUUAAGAGAAUCAAGUCUCCGAGAUGUUGACGAAACUGUGACCCGCAGUUAUGAAAGUCGAGAUGAAGAAAAAACGACUUUGGUGUACCUAAAACGUGUUGUUAGUUUGAUUUUGAAUUCUGCAGUUGCUGACGGGACUAACACGAAGCUAAGGAGUGGUAAAUAUGAAUUUAACACGGACAGUGAGAAUUACAAGUUUUUGUCGAAAUUCGUCAACGAUCAAAAUAUAAAUAUUGAAAGUUUAAGGAAGUUAGACAGUACUUUGAGUGACGUUUUCCGCAGACAUUAUUCGGAUGAUAUUUUUGACUCUCUACUAACCUUACAAGAGAAGAUAUUUAAUUUAAUAUGUACCACCCAAUUUGCUAUAUUAUUGACAACAUUAUUUUUCCUGUAUGUUUUGUACAAGUUACUGCGAUCGAAUUAUACUUUUUUGUAUAUCAUCAGGUAUUUCAUAAUGGUAAUACUUGUUGUCGAUUAUGGAUUCAGAUAUCGUCUUCUAUAUGAGGAAGCGGAGGAACAAAAUAUGAAGAUAGACUAUUCUGCAAAAUGUGAUCCUAAAAAAAUGGACUGGGGAACUUAUCUUUUAUUUCUUAUGA